AUGCCAAGAAUAUCCAAACUAAAACUUAAAGCACGUAAAGCUAAUCAGGCAUCGGUUAAUGCACGAAAGGCUGCUAAGCGAGAUGAACAAAUUCAAAUCAUCAAUAAAGAACUUUUACAAAUGAAUGAUAAUGAACUUCAACUAAUUUAUCAAGAUCUUGUUCAAUCGGCUGAUGAUAAAAAAGUAACCAAAAUUACACAUCGCCAAAAACUUAUUGAUACUAUUGAACAAUUGCCGGACGAUCAAUUAAAGUCUGCAAUUCACUUGUUAAAUAAAAUGAAAUAUUCCAAGGGGCCGCAUGAGG